CGUACUCUGUCAAACGAUACGCCGCGAUGCUUCCAGACAAGCGCCAUCCCCUUCCUCGCCCCACACGCCGUCGUGUUGGCCGCGCCUCUCUUCAACCUUUUCUUGAGCAUUGGCGAGAGCCCUUCACAUGGUGCGGCGCUGGCAUCGUUGUUGGCGACCUCUGCGCGGUCGGAUCUGCAAAGGUUGCAGCUAGCGCGCCUACAGUACGUCAACAUGGUGCGGCAUCUCUUUUUGCAGAUCCCCAACUUGCUACGCCGCCGGCCGCCGCAUCGGAACUCCUUGCACCGCUUGCCUUUCUUCUCCCAUUCAACCGGCAAGCGUUCCCUGGCUCAAUAACGCAACUGGGGGAUGUCUGUCGCUAUCUCCAUAUAGGAAACGACAGGUGCGACAGAUUUAGAUUUUCAGGUGAUGCGUGGUCGGGAUCGCCGGAUCAAUCAAAAUAAGUGUGAAAUUUGAGAGGCCGUGGAACUUCCAGAUCGAGUAGUAUCCAUCCAGAUCGAUAUCCCAGAAGACCAAGCCUGGCCAUGAAACGCAUGCUACCCCGAUCUCUUCUUCACCUUUUCUUAUCCGCAGGUACCAACAAAAAAAGUGACCCUUUUGACGACGUAUUGCGUGGGCAAGGCAUGACAGUGCGACAAGAGAGAAACUAACAAAGAGCUCUGUUCGUUCUGCUGAUUGCUUAUGAUUCGGUAAUUACCUCUACACCAUGUCCUUUUCGAUCGAUAAUGAACAAAGUAUAUAUAGGUGCACGAACGUGCUAGAUCCUAGAUUACUUUUAGCUAGGUCCCAAGCAGCCGAAAAUGUGUGCAUGCUUUCAGAUAAGCAAUGUCUCUGUCUAUUGCACGAUUUUUUCGGGCUUGUUGAAUCGCCCCCGCCCCUAAAAAUAAUUAUAAGGAAAUGAAGCCUGACAUUCUUGCUCAGACUCGCAGUGGCGGUAGCUGGGAGAGCUUGGGACUGGCCAGACACGACCAACUCACCACUGUAAUAAGACGACUUUUAUACAUAGCUGACAGUACGCAACCUCAGUUCAGGCGCAAGGUUAGUCUGAUGAUCUGCCUUCAUUUUGAAUCUCGAUUUUGCUGCUUCAUGCAUGUAUCAUUUGCGUCAUCGAUCAUGUGCUUUUUUUCUAAGAUCUGUCAUUCGUUUUGCACGCACAUCAUUUUCCUUUGAGUUACCUUUACAAAGAUGACGGACUUCAGCAAGCGUCUGCAUAUGCAAUUCCUUUUCUUGCCUAUCCAUCGAUUUACUCAUAGAUUUUAUUUUCUUCUUAGCUCGAUCAAAUACUUACAUGUUCGUUUUUUGUUUCUAGCCAUUGGGUUGGAAUUAGAUGAUGGAUCGCACAUAACAUACAUAGCACUCUUUUUUAGCAUACCACCUCAUGCUUAACGCAUUUCUUAUAUAUAUACACAGGUUAACUUUCCAGGUAACUCAAACCGACACAGCUUAAGAUAAAGUUGGCCUCCAUAUUAAUUGCUACUUACAUAUUAUCAUCAUCUUUUUCCCCAAAAAAUCUUACUAGAAUACUAAGACCAUUUUUACACAGCAACCACAUAAAGUUGGACCCAACAUCAACAAUGAUUUUACAAACUCUCUUGAAUCACCUCCAAAAGGUUCUUAUUAUACAUCUCCAAUAGAAUUAUCUAAAAUUAAAAUUAUGUUCGUUUCUUACAGGUUGAAACAACAACUUUUGAAGACUGGCCAUGAAUAUCUAGAUAGUACUACACCAUCUACAUAGUUUGUAAUCAAUAUAAUUUGCAUAUUAUUCUUCGCACACCUUUAUAACCAUAGCACAACAGGACAAUAGCUCAUCGACUCUUUAACAACAACUGAUGUUCACCUUUUUCUGCACAGGUAAUUGUUUUGCAUGUCUAUGACGAGCAUCGUCACUUUUGGACCACGAAUCUUUUUUGUGUACUGAAACCUUUUCAGUUCUUUAUAUGUUUAAGCUAUCUCUGGCUCUUGAAUUACCCUAGAAUCUGGUUAACCUUGUCUUUGCUCUUAUAUACUUAUUUACUCUCUAAUAUACAUAUAA